AUGAAAGUAGAAAUAGACACCCGUGAUUAAGAUAUUCCGAAUAAUCCAGUCGUCCCAAAUCCUCUCACUACGACUCCAUCCCCUGUUGAUAACAUUGACCGUAUUUAAAGAAGGCGUUGAAUUAUUCGAGUAUUCAUCAUGGGGAACACAGCUUCCGAUUAUGGCUCUACGGGAAGAAUUACUGAAAUGAGACCGUCUGAGUUACGAUUUACUCAUGAUAGUGUUAGCUGUAAUUUCCAGGAUGGACAUUCAAUGGACGAAACAUUACGUAUGGUUUUAAAUGGAUCUAUUCCAAUUUCAAGAAUACCACCACUAGUUGUUAUGAACUAUCAAGGGUCGUGGUAUGUUGUCAGAGGUAACCGCAGGUUAUAUCUUUAUCAAUUAUUGGAAAGGAAUGGAAAGCUACAAUAUGUGAAAGUCCUACAACAGAACUUUGACAACAGCGUGUUUAAGAAACAGUUUACAUCCAAGAACAAUGGCCGAUCAAUUCGUCUGCGAGGAGAUCCAAAUAUGGAACACAGAUUGAACGAAAUUAUCAGAGAAAAUAGUAACACAGGCUGGUGUGUUGUCAUGUGAUUGGAUCUUCUCACUUUUUCACAACCGGUGUUAACUUCUGUGAUUGGCACACUACUGUAGGCUAGUAGAUUUGUUAAGAUACGCAUGUUAUUUGCGAAUUUGACAAUAAUUCGAGUUCAGCAUUAUUUAUUUUUCGAUAAAGAAUUGUUUAAUGAAAAAAUCUUUGAUAUUUAUAGCCAGGAAAAAAUAAAAUACCGUACUCCAAGGAAAAUUUAGAAGGGAGAGUCUGUAACAAACGACAAAAUCAACGCUAUCAACCAACGGUUCGAGUGGGUAAGGAAACUCACACAAAAAACGCCUUCUCUUACAUACAUGAAACAAUCUAAGUAUUCAUCACCAGAAAUGCGUUUCCGAUGACGAUUCCGAC